AUGCCCAGUCACACUUCGGAGAUGAAGUCGUUCACGGCGGCCAAGGGCUCAAAGACGGUGGCCGGCCUUUCGGAGAUGAACGCCGCCGGGUACACCAUCGGCGGUAAGAUCGUCGAAGAUGACGUGUACUGCUUCUACAGUGGCACCAAAGGGGAGAUGCGACUGCUGGUGAAGGAGAUUCGCCUGCAGAAGUGCACUCCGCGGUACCUGGCCAACAUGGAGGCGUACAGUCUGAAGAUUGAGCGGUACAUGGGCGGCGUCGAUGACGGCAAGGUCAAGUCCGAGUCUUUCAUUCGAGUGUACGAUAUCUUUAAGCUCGAUCACUCCAUCUACAUGUUCCUGGAGGAAGCGCCCGGCAAGUCGCUCUUUCUGAAGCUCUUCGACAAUGAGCCCAUCAGCCCCGAGGUGGCCCGCGCCUGGACCGUCCAGCUGGUAGACGGCCUUAAGGCGAUGUCCGCCCUGGGCGUCGCCCACCGCUUUCUGAAGUUGCAGCACCUGCUCUUCAGCAAGCAAGACCACCUGAAGAUUGCCGGCUGGAGCAAGGCGGUGCCCUUCUGGGAGCCCUCCAAGGGAAAGGCGCUGCUGCAGCGUCGAGAGCGUCGCUCCCGAAAGAACCUCCACCUGCCUCCCGAGUGCUUCCUCGACACUUACGACCCAUCUCGCGUGGACAUCUGGUCGGUGGGCGUGGUGAUGGUGGCCAUGCAGACGCGUCGCUACCCCUUCAACUGCAAGUCGGAGGCAAAGUUUUCCGCGCAGUGGCGUCACUUUGUGGCGACGCACAAGCUGAACAAGCUGCUGCGAAACGCCGUCAACAAAGCCUUCUUCAUCGACCCGCGACGCCGUCCAACGGCGAGCGCCUUCCUCCACUGUCCCUACUUCAAGGCGCCCGCAGCCGCGCUGACCGAGCUGGCCAUGAAAAGCAGCAAGGAUUCCAAGCUGAAGCCGACCAUGCUCUUCGACGAGUCGCUGCACGUCUCCAAGGCAAAGACGCAGAUGUCCUCUCGGAUGACCGCAAAGGUGGCCAGUGCCCAUCCGAAGUUGUCCGUCGCCAAGAGUGUCUCGAAGAGUGCCUUGAAGAGUGCCUCGAAAAGUGCCGCAGCUCCUUCCAAGUCCAAGGCCGUGUCCGUGAAGAGCUCCACUGUAGUGAAGAGCAAGUCCGUCAGUGUGGCCAAGAGUAAGCACUCAAGUGCCCACACUGACAACACAAAGACGACUGCUAGUAGUAAACCGACUAGUGCUUCAGUGAAAAGCAAGUCUGCCAGUGUGGCAAAAACGUCGAGCUCCAAGAAAAAGAGCAAAUCAGCCAGCGCCCCGUCCUCAAAGAGCAAGUCCUCAAAGAGCGCUACCGGCAAGAGCAGCAGCGCUCACAUGACCUCGGCGACGCCCACCAAGGCCUCCUUCACCAUCGUCAGUGCUCCGACUACCGAGAAAACCGCUUCCUCUUCUUCGCAUCAAAAAACCAGCGAAACAACUCACAAGUCCAACAAAUCGGCGAGCAAAAAGUCCUCGACCCAGGUAAAGUCUUCUAAAGCCUCAAAAACCGACUCCUCUGCUUCGAAAAAGUCAUCGACCGUGGUAAAGUCAUCUAAAGCUUCAAAAAGCGAUUCCACUGCUUCCAAGAAGUCCUCUAAGAAGACUUCCGAAGAGUCAAAGUCGGUCAAAUCGGGAGACAGCAAAAAGUCUAAAAAGUCCUCCUCGGCUGCAGUCAGCUCGAAGGGUCCCUCCACCUGUGCGUCGGCCAGUCAGGGCAGCUCCAGCUGUCCUUCAGCUGCCGCCGCCGCCUCGAGCAAAGGUCCCUCGACCUGUCCGUCGGCCAGCCAGGGCACCUCCAGCUGUCCGUCAGCGUCUGCCUCCAGCAAAGGCCCUGCUUCCUGUCCUUCAGCUUCAAUCGGCCCGGCAAGCUGCCCCAGCAACAAGGGCACCUCAUCUGCCAGCGGCUCACUAGGCCCGUCCACCUGUCCGAGUGCCUCCAAGUCGGCGUCAGCUUCAGCUUCGACGUCUGCCGCCGCUUCAAAGAAAAAGUCCUCCGUGUUGCCGGCGCCUAAGUCUGCGUCAAAGUCUCAUGCUGCCUCGGGCCUGUCAGCUAAAGAAUCUGCCGGCUCUAAGGCAGCUAGUGCGCCACCUCACAGCACAUCGAAGAACGCCGAUGGCUCCAAGGCGCAUGGCUCAGCGCCCGGUAGCGCCUCUAAGGCUCCUGCUUCAAAGAGCCAUCCUUCACAGGCAAAGACCGAGGGCUCUAAAGUGCCGACAAGUGCUUCCAAAGGAGCUGGAGGUGGCGGAUCUAAAAUGCCAACCGGUACUUCCAAAGAAGCUGGCGCUGGAGGUGGCUCUAAAGUGGCAGAAGCGUCAAAGCAAAUGGCCGGCUCGAAAGGGCACACUUCGGGAGCACCGGGCGCUGGCUCCAAAGAAGGGGUGCCCACUUCUCAGGGCGGCAAGGGUUCACAGGGAACGGCGCCGCCCAGCGCUGGCUCCAAAGCUGCAGGCAAAUCUCAGGGUGGCGGUGCCAAUGCUUCAGCAGGUGCUGAGGGCUCCAAAGGACAGGGCGGCACUCAAGGUCCUCAAGGAACUGGAGGGUCCCAGGGAGCGAAUGCCGCUCCACCUGGCACCGGAACAGAGGGAGCAGAAGGAGGAGCAGGAGGAGGAUCACAGGGUCAGGCGCCCCCAGGCGGCACGGGCGAAGAGCAGGCGGCGGCGCCGGGUGACCCCGGAGUGGAGCAGGCGAAUGGCAACGAAGGCGGCUCUGUGAUGGACCAGGUGCCACCCAAUGAGGCCGCCUACGAGUCGCCAGAGGCUGAGGCGGCGGCCGCCGAGGAGCAGGCAAACCAGGCGGUGCCCGUCGAGGCGGAUCCAAACGGCGGCGGUGGUGGUGGUGGCGCAGAACUGCCUCCCGGUGCUCAACUGCCUGAGGGUGGGCAGGGUGUACAGUAG